UUGGUGAAGCAUUAAUAAUGAUGUGAUGACGGGAGAGAAGAAGGUCCGAGAAUGCCUUUUCUGUCACUUGCGCCAGAGCGACUGAUGAGCGAGUCUCCUGCUGCUCGUACGUGAAUGACCCUUUCCUCCUCCUCCUCCUCCUCCUCGUCAUGCUGCUGCUGUUGUGCCGUCGGCCUCGCGGAUGACCCUCUCACCACGACCACCACGACCACCACACCGCCCCAUCCAGGCCCUGCACUGCACUGCACUGCAUACUGCCGGUUUGGUAGCAAGAAGAUGAUCCAUGAUGGCCUCGAGCUCACCCGAUUGCCCGCGAUCAGUCCUCAUCAACAACCCGAAACUGCGCCUACCUGCCACCACUGAUCCGCCAAGCGAAACCAAUCCUUCGACGCCCAAAGUAUGGCUGAUAUUUGGAGCCACGGGACACAUUGGGCGCAGUCUGGUGAAGAGCGCAUUGAGCCACGGAGAUCAUGUCACGGCUGUGGGGAGGAGUAUGGAGAACACUAUGCAGCAGAUGCAGGGGUGGCAUGAGCAAUGUCAGGGCCUGCUGUGUGAUGUGCGCGUGAGAGCGACGGUGGAAGAAGUGGUGCAACAGAGCGCGAAGCAUUGGGGCCGGAUCGACAUCAUCGUCAACUGCACAGGCUAUGGUGUGAUUGGAGCCUGCGAGGAUCAGGACGAUUGCGAUUUACGCUCACAAUUCGAAACCAACUUUAUGGGAACCCUGAACAUCAUCCAAUUGUCCUUGCCCCUCUUACGCGAACAAGCUGCGGCUCGGCAGGAUGGUGAUAAUAAUGCGGGAAGAUACAUCAUCUUCUCCUCGACAUCGGGAGCGCUGGGGGUGCCUGGCCUCGGGCCAUAUUGUGCGACCAAGUAUGCUACCGAAGGUUUAAUCGAGAGUAUGCUCUACGAAAUUGAUGCUUUUGGAAUCAAAGCCAGUCUCGUUGAGCCAGGCCACCUGCGCAUUGACGAGCCCACCGGAUUGGACGACAAAGCGGCAGAUGAAUCAUUUGCCAUUAAGAAAUAUGGUCAUUUCUUGGUCAAAAGCCCUUCGGCACCAUAUGACACGCCCACGGCACCCGCGGGCCAUGCCAGACGUGUUGUGCAAUGGCUCUCCGAUCGUCAGCCUACGAGUGCUGUCAAAUCCGCGGAACUCGUCUGGCAACUGGGACAUUGCAAAUACCCGCCAUUGAGAUUAUUGCUGGGAACGUAUGCGAUUGAGAGCGUGAGAGAUCGAUUGAAAAGUGUGAUUGAGGAAAUUGAGGAUUGGAAGCAUUUGCAUUUCCCGACGAGUGUGGAGGAGGAUGACAAAGGUCGCGCGUCCAAGAGUAAUGAGGGUGAAGAUGAGAGGGACGACAAGGACGAAGAGCGUCAGGAUGAGGAUGCAAUGGAUAUUGUGGAGGAUGGUGGCGACUCUAAAGGGGAAGAUGGUUGAACUUGUAUACUCGUGUAUCAUUGAUUUUGUAAUUUAC